AUGGACUCACUUGUGGUGGUGGCGGUGGCGUUGGUGGUGGUGUUGGUGGUACAACGUGUGAAAAUCACGAAGAAAGAAGUUGCAGAAUAUGUUUCGAUGAUAAGAAAAAGGAAAUACCUAUCACACCCUGUAAAUGGCACGAUCGGAUUAGUUCAUAUAUCGUGUUUAGAAAAAUGGUUGUCCGUGUCCAACACGCAUUCAUGCGAGCUUUGCGGUUAUAAUUUUCAAACUUUAAGAACUCCAAAAUAUCGAGUACUUUAUUCCAUAUACUAUUGGGUGUUUUUAGAUCGUAAUCCUCAAUAUCACAGAGGAUUAAAAAGCGAUUUCGUCGUAUUCAUAGUAUUAACCCCGAUCGCAUUGAUCGGAGUUUAUUCUUGCAUAAUAGCAGCGGAUUUUUAUUCUAAAGAACCCACGAAAUAUUCUCCGGCAUCGCGUUGGACAACCAUAUCCCUGUUGAUAAUGGUCGUGUUGUUAACAUUUGCCUAUUAUCUAUGGGUUGCCGUCACCAUACGUUUUCACAUGAGAAUAUGGUACAUAUGGUGGCAAGCGAAUAACAUAGUUAAAAUAAUGCCGAGAGAUCCGAACGGUGGGAGCACGGAUAGGGUUGCCAUAUCCUCCGUACACAGUAGCGAUUCGAGACAAUCGACGAGAAGAUCGUUACGUGAAAUGACGACGAAUUCAAUGUCGAGUGACACGCCGAGAGAAGAACCCCAAAAUAUACAACAAUCAAAUCCGGGAGAUUCUUCCGUUUGA